GCCAGUUUCAACGCCAUUCCAUUUGAAGCAUCGUAACGAGCGCACGUAUAUACACAAAUAAAUAAAAAAAAUGUCAGCGAAACCUUGCGCGUACGUCGUGAACGUGAUCCACGCGUUGUUGGGCCUAAUUCUCGCCUCUGCGGGACUAUGGCUCUUCAUAGAAGUGAAUAGCAUCACCAGUUUGAGGAACAGCAACCAUUAUCUACUAGACUACAACUUAUAUUGGCCUCAAGUUAUACCAUGGCUGUUUAUACUGAUAGGAGUGCUCGUCAUUUUCGUUGCGUGCUGUGGUGUUUUCGGUGCUACCAAGAAAAGUAAAGGGCUAGUGUUAACACAUAUGGUUUCUAUAACUAUGACAGUGGUUUUGACGUUGACAGUUGCAAUUGUCGCUUUGGUGUUUGCGAACAGUAAGUCGACGGAGAAUUUUAUAAAAGACACAAUAUGGGACGUAUUUUUCCAAACUAAGACGGAUACAGAAGUUGCCGAUGCGUUUGGUCUGAUCGAGAAAAGGAUGCAAUGCUGCGGCGCGGAGAGUCCAAGAGAUUACGUCAAUUGGAAGGAUGAUUUUCCUCAAUCCUGUUGCGACGUAUAUUACCACGGUUGGUUGGAACCUUACACCGUCGACUGCGAGAUCACAAAUAAAAGGGCGAACGAGAGACACGGCUGCUCUAGUGUAGCGACACAAUACAUCCGCAUUGCUGUAUACGUUCUAUCAGGCGUCGCGAUACUGACAUCACUAAUAGGUCUAGCGGUCCUUGCUACUUCAGUAAGUAUAUCAAAGGCUUUAAAGCAAAAACCGAGAAACGUGACGGCUAAAUAUGAAUCUGAGAGCAAAAAGGUUCUAUUGUAAUACUUUUGUGUGCGAGGUGUUUUCCUCUAUUGUUGCCUUUUGUGGGUCAUGUGACCCGAGUGCUUGGCGUAAAGUUUUUCAAUUCUCACUUGUAGAAAAUGACUAACUACGCUCAUAUAAGUGUUCAGAAGUUUUCUAUUGACUGAUUAACAUAUGAUAUGUAUGUUUUUAGUGAGAGUUGUGACAUUGCUUUAACUAGAGGUACCUAUUUGUUUGCGUUUUAAGUUUGCAAGUGAAUUUAACUGGUAACGUGUAAAAAUAUUGAAUGACGUUUGAAUGUAUGAUUAUUUAUUAUAUGUAUAAAAUUAAUAGUAUUUACUAUAUAAGAACUAAGAAUCUUGAUGGAAAUCUCAUAAUUUAUAAUUUUUACAUCACAAAAGUGUAAAAGCAGCAUUAUAAUGUAUAUAAUGAAUGGAAAAUUUUCUCAGAUGCUAUGUUCUAGAAUAAUCGAAACGUGUUAAUGAUUGACUUGUUUCUAAGUAGAUAACUAAUUAAUAUUAAAACCAGUAUUGUAAUGUAAAUAUUGUGAACAAAUUAAGAAUUUUCGAUUCAAUAUCUUGAAUCUUGUAACAAAUGAAAGUAAUAGAAAUUCAUUUGCUGGACAUUUUCAUAAUAACAUUAAAAAUCAGGGUAAAAUUUGACACCUCAACGAAUAUUAUUAAAGUUCUUUUAUGUUUAUAUAAAAAUAACAUUAAGUUGAUUUAUAGGAAAGUUGUGAUAGAACAAAAAUUUAUGGUAGUUUUCAAUCGGGGAAAAUCCCCAUAACUAUAUUUUCCCUCUGAAUAGUGGAAAAUUCAAGUGUGAAUUAUAAGCGUUUGUGUCUUGUGUAUAGAAGGAAAAACGUUUUGUCUCUGUUUUUCCCGAACGAUAUAAAGUUUUAUGUAAAUUGUGAUUGUAUAAAUAUCUUGUGGUUAAUAUUAAUUUAGUAUAUUAAUUAAUUAUUCAAUGAUAAUAAUACAAACUCUGAUUUACAAACAGAAAAUGUUUUCGUUUUAUACGAAGGAAAGAGUUAAGUUAUUUCAAUGUUUGUUAUAAACUUAUUUACUGAAUUGUUUUGUACAAAGUCACUCCGAUCCCGCCUGUAUAAAUUAAAUAAAAAGAUAUUCG